AUGGGGAAGUAUCUGGACCCCUUUUUGAAGGAUUCCACAAUAAUAUCAUCCAUAUCAUAUGAAUCAACAGGGGAUCAGCAUUCGAAACAACAGAAGAAGCAAAAAUUCGUCAUUUUGGAAAGACCUAAUGAAAUAGCUUUCGUACCAUUGAUUGAACUACUUGAUGGUCAGUUCCUUCCAGAUUCGAAGUAUCUUCUCCAUUUAAAGAAUGCAUCCUCAGCAUCGUCACAGUCCCCCUUAAUUUUGAAACUUUUAGAGGAUGAAAACAAGAUAUUCUCUGUAAGAUAUCAAUUCAUUAAACAACAAACUGAUUUAACAUAUUCUAUAAUCCUGUCGACAGAAUCUAAUGGGAUUCCUGCUAAUGGAUAUUACAUCUUACAAAUAUUUGAUGUUUCAAUAACAAUCUUCUUGGAAAAUACCAUCACAACGAAAAUACCGUCGUCUUCCAAACCUCAACAACAACAACUGUUCCCCACUGAAUUCAACAUGGAAUGGUACCCGGAUGGUCCGCAAUUUAGAUCCAAGAUAAAACAAAUGGAAUCCUUGAUAGUAGAGAGACAAAGACCAUUUUGGAAAUCGUUGAACGAAAGCAUCUUGAAAUUAUCUACUAAUCUAAGACAAGUUUCCAUAGAUUGGUCUCAAUUGAUUAACUUAUUGACAAAUUCGAAAAAUUGUUUCCUACCAGGUUCACCGCUCCUUCCUUUGAUUCAUGAGCAAUGGAGUUUGUGGUCUCAAGAGAAUCAAUCAAGGACAUUAGCAUUAAUCAAGGGACUGGAGAAAAAUAUCAGUCCUCUUUUACAGUCCAUGAUUAAAGAUGCUUUAAAUUCAAAAAACCUGGUCUCCAUGCAAAGAACAUAUAACGAUUCCGUUAAAUCAUACUAUCAAAUAAUGAAUGACAAGGUGAAAGAUCAAAGGACCAAUACGAACGAUUCAUUACCUUUGAAGAUCAAAUUCGAUUUGGCAAGAUGGAAUUACUAUCAAUUCUUGUAUCAAUUGAAUUAUACAGGGUUGCCCUUGAGAAAUUUUUAUAUAUCGUUAACUUCAUUAAUAAACCCAUCGUUCCCAUCAUCAUCCUCACCUUUCAUUUCACAAUACCAUAAAUCAUACAUCCCGACGGUAAACCAAUUCACUCUAGCCAUAUCCAAAUGCAAAACUUUUAAUGAAUUAAAUGCAACAUACUCAGCCACAACAGAGACCCUACAGCAGCAACAACAACAACUAACACUAAUGACCACGGUCGCUUCACGUAAGGAAGGAUUACUGUGGAUUAAAGAGUCUGAAUUCAAUCAAAAUACAAAUUCCUCCCAUAAUAAAAAAUCUAAUGUUUGGCAUAAGAAUUGGGUAAUACUAAAUGAAAAUAAAUUGACAUUGCAACCCAAUUGGAAACAGCAACAACAAGAACAAUCAUUAUCAUCAUCAUCAUCUAAUGUCACAUCUAAUUUACGAACAAUAACUAUAAAUUUAACUUUUGCAUGCAUUAAAAAAAUUAAUUCGACAACUUUCCAAAUAAUAGAAUCCACAACUGCAUCAUUGAUAGACAAAAACAACCACACAAAUAAAUCAAGGCAUCAACAACUGCAACAACAACUAUAUGAAUUAAGAGCUGGUAAUGAAGAAGAUUUAAAUGAUUGGCUAACUGCAUUAAAUGAAUCAAAUCAUAACAAUUUAACAUCCACACCAAUAUCCUCAUCAUUAUCCAAGACAUUGCCCAAUAAUAUACAUUCAGAAGAAUCAUCUAAUCUGUUAACAAAGGUAAAAAGUUUGCAUCCAUCAAAUCAAAGAUGUUGUGAUUGUAAUACCUCCGACGGUACUGUGGAAUGGAUUUCUUUAAAUUUAUUAUGUUUGGUUUGCAUCAAAUGUUCCGGGGUUCAUAGAUCAAUGGGGGCACAUAUAUCCAAGAUUAGAUCAUUGACCCUGGAUAAUUUUACUUCCAAGGAAAUGAUCUACUUGAUUAAAAAUUAUAUUUCCAAUGAAAAAGUUAAUUCCAUUUAUGAAUCAGGUACUAAUAAUACUCAGACACGAAUAUCUUCAAAUGCAACCGAUUCGAGAAGAUCCCAAUACAUUAAUGAUAAAUAUAGAUUUAAAAAGUUCAUAAACCCUGUUCAAUUGCAAGAUGAGUCUCAAUCUCUUAAAUCUUUAAUAAAUGGAAUUCAUAAUGAAAGCAUUCAUACCCUACAAAAAGUAAUUGCAGAGUCGAAACUUUCAAUGAGGGAAUUAAGCAUAAAUCAUAAAAAUCUAACGCUAAACCAUUCUUCUCAUACUACACUUUUCCAAUAUUCUCUAAGGCAUCAUAUCGAAGUAAAUGAUCAACCAUUAUUUAUAAUUACCGAAUUCUUAUUAAACAAUGGAUUGAUAGUUGAUAGGUUACCUCACGAAACAGAAAAAUGGCCUAAACCAGCCAUAAAAUAUUGGAAAUCCAUAUUAGGGAUGUAUGAACCGUAUGAACAACCGCGCUCACCUUCCGCUUCCUCUUCUUCAUUUUCACCAAAUUUGCAAAGUCAACUUAAUUCUAGCAGAUCGACCCCAUUACAAAAUAAACCAUCAUCGGCGUCAUCUUCUUCAUCAAGAGGAUUGAUCUCAUCAGGAAAUUUCUUAUCGCUGCAUAAAUCAUUAAAAUUGAACAAGAGGAAAUAG